UCGUGGACCACACCAGGGCAGCGCGGGCCCGGGCUUGGCCUGGUUCUACUUGUGUUCUGAGGUCCCUGACCACCGCCUUGGGUCCAGCCCUCGUCCAGGGGGCGGCGGUGCAGGGGAGACCGCUCGGCCCGGCCUGAAGCGCGGCCGCCCUCAUCCCUUCCCCGGGGCUGGGGUGUGUCACCGGCCGACAAACUCAGAGGGGCCGUGCCCCCGUCCCCGACGCGCUCACAAACGCCGUGGUCGCCCGAACCUUCGGCCCCGCAGCAUUCGGCUACAGGACCGCGACACUGCAGGGCCCCGGCUCUGCGCGCUGCGCUCCGGCCGCUCAGCGCGAGAGGACGCGCGGUCGCGCCUGCCUCGGUGGCCGCGCGGGGUGGGAGCAUUUCAGAGCGCCCAAGCCAUGGUGGCCAAACAGCGGAUCCGGAUGGCUAACGAGAAGCACAGCAAAAACAUCACCCAGAGGGGGAACGUAGCCAAAACCCUGAGGCCGCAAGAGGAGAAAUAUCCUGUGGGACCAUGGCUGUUGGCACUGUUUGUUUUUGUUGUCUGUGGCUCAGGUCAACCACAUAAAUUGGCCUUUUCCUGGAGACUACCAGAACUUUCUCAAAACUGUAACAUCCAGAGGGAAUCACCCCACCCCCAAGAUUGGCAAGUGAGAUGUUUAAGGAACUGGCCGGCCCUGAAGGAAAGACUGAGGCCAUUCAUCUGCUCUGGAGUUCAUCCUUGGGAUCUGAGAUGCACAGCCUGGAGAAGACCUCUCAUCAGCCAUCGGCUCCCUUAAGCUAUCUUUCAGAUCAUUCAGAGCAUAAGGAUGGGCAUGUGAGAAGGCCAGGGAUUUGACAGCACCUCCCUCCCACUGGAGCGGGGAGGACAACGGAAGCGGUCAGCCAGUUUCUGCGGGAAACAAGCAGGCCACAAGGAAUAGAAAAAAACGCUCCCCCACUUGUUCCCUGAUCACUUCAUCAUGGAUGUCAGACCAAAUUGCCUUCUCACAGGACAUCUUGGUGCAUCCGUGUUCUCAAGCGGAAAGGACAUUUUGCUUUUCUGUUGGCAGGAUUAGUAGCCACGCGGGUCGUCCGCAGCAGUGCUGUCUUUUUGGUUUUUCCCUUGGUUUCACUAAUGCGUGCAUGUGGCCCUCUGAACGAUCACUGGUUUACUUUCUAUGGAUACAAUCUCUCCUCCAUUGAGAAUUGGUUUUACAAAUAAAUGUCUUCGUUCAACCUUA